AGGCGCUCGAGCUCGACCUCGCUGCCGCCGAGGCGGAGGCGGACGAGCUGGCGGCCGUCGCCGCCGAGGCGGAGCGCCAGUCCGAGCUUGCCUUUGCCGAGGCGGAGGCGGUGCGCGCGUCGGCCGCGGAGGCGGAGGCCGAGGGCGGCAAGCGGCACGAGCUCAUCACGGCGGCGUACGCCCGCACGCUCAGCCGGUACGAGACGGAGCGGCUCGCGGCGGCGCGCGCGGCGGAGGCGGCGGCCUUGGCCCAGCUCAAGCGCCUCUCGGCGAAGCGCGCACACAGCGCGGCGCGCUCGGCGCUCACGGCGGGCGAGUCUCGCGCUGCGGCCGAGGAGCAGACCGCCGCGGAGGAGGUUUGCAGUGGCGGCGNGGCAGCGGGUCACGGCCCUGGCGGCACAAGUUGCUGCCGCGC